AUGAAGCUCACUGGGACUAUGAUUAAAGUGGAGUACACCCAUGGCAGCACAGACAGCGAACAUUUAAACAACACGAUGGUGAGACCACUGCAAACACAUACAACAGACUCGCCAGUGUCAGCACCCGCCUCAUCGCUCUCGCAGCCUGAUGGAGGGAGGACUCAGUGUUCCAUCUGUGCAGACAGAGCCACAGGUAAACAUUAUGGAGCAUCCAGCUGUGAUGGCUGCAAGGGCUUCUUCAGGAGGAGCAUUCGUAACAGCCAUGCUUACAACUGUAGGUUCAACAGGCAAUGUAUUGUGGACAGAGACAAAAGGAACCAGUGUCGCUACUGCAGACUACAAAAGUGCUUCAAGGCUGGAAUGAGAAAAGAAGCUGUGCAGAAUGAGAGAGACUGCAUCAGCAAUCACAGAGCCAAGGGGCAGACAGUGGGCACUCUGUCUAUCAGUGUGCUGCUGCGGGCAGAGGCCAGUGUGCAACAGUUCCCAGCUCCGGUCUCACCCAGGAAUCAUGACAUCAACACCAAGAAGACAGCCUGCAUGGGAGUCAUGUUUGAGUCUAUGAAGCAGCAACUCCUCCUGCUGGUGGAAUGGGCGAAACACAUCCCAGAGUUUUGUAGCCUAUCGAUAGAUGACAGGGUAACCCUGCUACAAACCCACUCUGCAGAACAUCUUAUCCUGGGGGCAGCAAGACGCUCUUUACCGUAUUGCAAUCUCAUCCUUCUAGGUAACGACUUUGUGAUCCCCCUGAGAGGUGCAGAGGUAGCGGUGUCCAGACUGGCUUUCAGAAUCCAGGAGGAGCUGGUCAAACCUCUCAGAGAGCUGGGCAUCACAGACAAUGAGUUUGCUUGCCUCAGAACCAUUGUCUUCUUUUCCCCAGAGUGUCCAGGCCUGAAGCUCCCUCAGGUGGUUCGAGAUCUGCGUUUCCAGGCCCAGCUGCUGCUCAAAGAGGCAACAUGUGAGCAGAGGGGAAGGUUUGGGGAGCUCCUGCUGAUCCUGCCUCCCCUGCAGAGUGUGGCCUGGCAGAUGGUGGAGACUCUCCAGUUAGCACAGCUAUUGGGUGAAGCCAGAAUGGACAGCCUGCUGCAGGAGAUGCUGCUGGGAGAGGGAGCCAAAACUCAACAGGGUAGGAGAUCCUGUGAUGGCCUGACUCAAGACUGGCAAAAUGAGCAAAGACCUUCUACAACAAAUGUCACCACUGUCAUCUCUCACGUUUCAGCAUCUCUUUCAAACAGCUUGCCUGCUGCCCCCACAGACUGGCACUGA